AUGAAGGACGAUCUCAUAAAGCUGAAAUCAGUGAUGGAGAUUUCCAAGGCCAAUUUUAUCUGUCUCGACGUUGCUAACGGUUAUGCUGAAGCCUUUGUUGAGGCUGUCAGGACGUUGAGGAAGGACUACCCUGAUAAGGUGAUAAUGGCUGGUAAUGUGGUCACUGGGGAGAUGUGCGAAGAGUUACUGCUGUCGGGUGCUGAUAUCGUCAAGGUUGGGAUUGGCCCGGGUAGUGUGUGCACUACUAGGAAAAUGACAGGCGUUGGGUAUCCCCAGCUCUCCGCUGUUAUCGAAUGUGCUGACGCCGCGCAUGGAAUUGGGGGCAUGAUAAUCUCUGAUGGUGGCUGUACCUGCUCAGGAGAUGUCUGCAAAGCUUUUGGAGGCGGGGCGGACUUCGUCAUGCUGGGAGGAAUGUUGGCUGGUCAUGAUGAGAGUGGCGGUCAGCUGGUUCACGAUGUUAGGAGCGAGAAGUGGUAUAAAGAGUUUUAUGGUAUGUCGUCUGAUACAGCUAUGAAUAAGUAUGCAGGAGGGGUUGCCAAUUACCGUGCCUCAGAGGGGAAGUCUGUGAAGGUGCCGUAUCGCGGUCCUGUCAGCCACACUAUACAGGACGUCCUCGGAGGCCUUCGGUCAUGCUGUACCUAUGUUGGAGCCAGAGCCCUUAAGGAGCUCUCGAAGAGGACUACUUUCGUUAGAGUCACCCAGCAGCUCAACCCGGUGUUCGAUCAUGCUCCUGCUGCUCCUCAGCCUCCUAAGGCCCCACCUCAGCCUACUGUAGCGGCGGCAAAGGAAGCCCAUGAGACGGAGUCGGAGGGAGCGCCGUCACCGAAGAGGGCCAGGUCGGGGAGUUUGGGAUCGCCGAGACACCAUCGACAUGAAAGCAACAGUCCGCGUCAUCGCCAUUGAUUGGCAC